GUACUAUUGAAACUUGUUUCUUUCUUGAUCAAUGGCAGAUCCUAGUCCGGCUAGUUUCUGGACGCAGGCCAAUGCGUUACUUAGGAAGAACUUAACGUAUCAGAGGAAACACAUGUGGACGAAUGUUCGACUCAUCCUGGUUCCACUCUUCCUUUGCUUGCUUCUCCUGGCGAUUCAACAAGUCCUCGAUGCUCUGAUGAAGAGUGUCUCUGAAUUGGCUAACGAUUGUAAAAGCAACCCUAAUCUGCCUGGUGGUAUAUGUCCCAUCCAAAACCCUCCAUUGUUGCCUCCGAUGCUACAGGUUCCACAACAAGAACUCCGUUCUGUUAAGGCCGAUAUCUUUUCUUACAGAGACCUCCCUGACAAGUCUUGCAGAGGAACAGGAGGAUCUUGUCCUGUAACUAUACUUAUCACUGGGGAUAAACAGCCCCUUGGUAAAAGUAUAUCCGCGAGUAUCUUUGCUACUUCUUUUGCGGUCAAUUCCUCUGACCUCUUGCCUACUUUAGCCAAUAAUGUCUUGGGUUCAACAGAAGCAGCAGGCGAAAACAAUUAUGCAGAUCCAGGGAUUGCCUCAGAUCUCCCCAUCUACAGUAUCCAACAUCUUUGCGGUGAAAACUCUACGUGGCCACUUUCUCUCGGAAAUAUUCAGACCGAGGUAAAGUGUGUUCAAGGGUUGUGUCUCUGGAGAAAUAACUCUGCAGAGGUCAACAAUGAGCUCUUCAAGGGUAGUUGGAGAGGAAAUCCUGCGGGGAUCACAAACGAGAUCGCUGCAGCAUAUGAUCUCAUGAGUACGGAUAAGAAAAACUUCAAUGUCACCAUAUGGUAUAACUCAACCUACAAGGACGAGUUUUCAAUUAGGCCUGUAAAGCUGCUUCGAGUUCCUCGCUCUAUCAAUCUGAUAUCAAAUGCUUAUCUAAACUUUCUAAAAGGCCCCACGACGAAGAUACUAUUCGAGUUUGUCAAAGAAGUUCCUAAACAAGCAACUCAAUACAAUCAAGAUAUUGCGUCUUUGCUUGGCCCACUUUUCUUCACUUGGGUUGUUCUUCUUUUGUUCCCCGUGAUCUUGACAUCGUUGGUGUAUGAGAAACAAGAGCGUCUAAGAAUCAUAAUGAAAAUGCACGGCCUAGGCGAUGGUCCUUAUUGGAUGAUCUCAUAUGCCUAUUUUCUUACACUAUCUUUGUUGUACGUUGUUUCAUUGGUCAUCUUCGGGUCAGCCAUUGGACUCAAGUACUUCCGGCUCAACUCCUAUAGCAUCCAGUUCGUUUUCUAUUUUAUCUACUCGAACCUUCAAAUCGCCCUUGCCUUUCUAGUUUCUUCAGUAUUCUCAAAGGUUAAGACUGUUACAGUCGUAGCUUACAUACUGGUGUACGGAACUGGGCUCUUGGGCAGUUUUCUCUUCCAAAAGAUGCUUGAAACUCAGUCAUUCCCUGAAGAAUGGAUUGUUGCCUUGGAGUUGUAUCCUGGGUUUUCUUUAUACCGAGGGUUGUAUGAGUUCUCUCAAUAUGCCUCACGAGGAAACGGGAUGAAGUGGGAAGAUCUCAGCGAUAGUGGAAUGGGUGAAGUUCUAUGCAUCAUGUCAAUAGAGUGGUUUCUUGCUCUUAUCGUAGCCUUAUACGUCGAUCAGGUUGUCUCAUCCGGGAAGCAUCCUUUCUUUUUCUUGGAGAAACUUUCCAAGAAACCAUCUUCUUCCCUACCAAGAAAGCCAACUAUACAGAGGCUGCACUCUAGAAAAGUCUCCAUAGAUAUGGAUAUGGAAAAACUAGAUGUCACUCAAGAAAAGGAAAAGGUUCAACAAUUGAGGAAUGAAGGCAGCAAAGGACACGCCAUAGUGUGUGACAACCUAAAGAAGGUGUAUCCAGGUAGAGAUGGUAACCCACCAAAAAUGGCAGUAAGAGGAUUAUAUCUCAGUGUACCUCCCGGAGAAUGUUUCGGCAUGCUUGGACCUAAUGGUGCAGGCAAAACCUCCUUCAUCAGUAUGAUGACCGGGCUCCUCAAACCUUCUUCUGGAACAGCCUUGGUUCAGGGUUUGGACAUAUGCAAGGAUAUGAACAAAGUAUACACGAGCAUGGGCGUAUGUCCGCAGCACGAUUUACUUUGGGAGACGCUAACAGGAAGAGAACAUCUUCUCUUUUACGGGCGACUCAAGAAUGUCAAAGGCUCUGCUCUAACGCAAGCUGUGGAAGGAUCUUUAAAAAGCGUUAGCCUUUUCGAUGGAGGAGUCGGCGACAAACCUGCUGGGAAUUACAGCGGAGGUAUGAAAAGGCGACUUAGCGUGGCCAUUUCGCUUAUCGGGAACCCUAAGGUGGCUUAUUUGGAUGAGCCAAGCACAGGACUUGAUCCAGCCUCGAGGAAGAGCUUAUGGGAUGUGAUUAAACGUGCAAAACAAAACACAGCAAUAAUCCUCACAACUCACUCGAUGGAAGAAGCAGAGUUUCUGUGCGAUAGGUUGGGGAUAUUUGUAGACGGAGGCUUGCAAUGCAUAGGAAACUCCAAGGAGCUGAAGAGCAGGUACGGUGGAUCAUAUGUGUUCACGAUGACAACAUCUUCAAAACAUGAGCAAGAGGUUGAGAGAUUGGUUUCAGCUGUCUCUCCCAACGCCAAGAAGAUAUAUCAUCUCGCUGGUACACAGAAAUUCGAGCUUCCAAAGCAAGAGGUUAGUAUUGCUGAGGUGUUUAGGGCUGUAGAAAAGGCCAAAUCAAACUUCACAGUCUUUGCUUGGGGACUCGCCGACACAACUCUCGAAGAUGUCUUUAUCAAGGUCGCUAGAAAUGCUCAAGCCUUUAUUUCCUUGUCUUAAAACCAAUUUUAGUUUGCUCCAGUUAGGUUUUGUCUUUUUUUUUUCUUUCUUUUUGGUCAAAAUUAUCUGUCAUGAGACACACGCGACCAACCUCAACCUGUAUAUAUAACUUUUUUGCAUA